AUCCCACCCACGGGAGCCACUCCACCACUGCUCGGGGGCACUUGCUCAACUGCCCUCUACCUGCACUGAACCCUCGCUGGACCGAGUGCGACAUCCCAAUUCGCACCGUACGCUACCGCUACCGCUUCAUAGCACCAAUCCUCCCACUCCUCUUUUUUCCUUUCCCUCCCUCCGGCUUCUGCUUCUGCUUCCCUUGGAAACUUGCUUUGCUCCUCACCUCCGCCCAUCCUCACUCCCACCUCUCAACAUCAGACAUCGUGUCGAGGUUGUUUGCAUCAACUCAUCGACAUCCCGCGUUCCCUUCGGUGCAGCCAUUUGUUCUGUGUUGUGCUUUUCGUUUGGUAAGUGAGACACGCAACCUCCCAUCCCGCGACAACACGCCCCCGAUAGAUUUUCCAUUUUCACUCUCGGUUACGCUUUUUUUCUACGCGCGCAAAUCAAAUACGCUGGAUCACCACUCAAGCCACCCACGCCCACCAUCCACGUCUACCUCCCACGCCCACAACCACCGCCCCCCAUGGCAGAAACCGGAAAAGGAAUAUCAAACUAAUCGCAUCCCAGAUUUGACAGAGUCCCUUUCCUGCGACUUUUUCCUGCGUCGUAUACGUUCCUUACAUCACCACUCUCCGACAGCGCUGCAGGCCUCGGUUUUUCGAAGCAGCCAGAGAUCCGAGGAAUAUGUCUUACUACGAGAAUCAGCAAUGGCCGGCCGCCGGUGGGCAACCCGCAUGGGAGCAGCAGACACCGCCCGCCCGCUCAGGUACGUUGGGGAUGCAGAAGCACCAGAAGCACCAGAAGCACCAGAAGCACCAGAAGCACCAGAAGCACCAGAAGCACCAGCAGCAGCAGCAGCAGCACCAGCAGCACCAGCAGCACCAGGUGAAAUCUGGUGUGGGAGAACGUGUCAAUUGACUUCUUUGCAGGUGCCAGUUCCGCUGUUCCUCGCGAGGACUCGACCGCUUUCAGUACACAAUUAGAGGGUACGUUCAAGAUUUUCGCGCUCGACGGUGGAUUUUUCUCAUGCUGGUUUCUCGAGAUGGUGGCGAAUGCUUUUCGGAUGGAAUGGAAAUGAGAAUGAAGCGGAUGCGCCAUCUCAAAACGACGUGUAUCUGCAUGUCAUGAUUCAACGGGCUAAUGGGUGUUUACAGAGGUCGAUCGUGCGGUUGACAAUCUCGUCAAGAGUGGAAAGAUGUUUGGUGGCAUGGCCGCUCGUCGCGACUCGAUGCCCAUGACUGGUGGAGCUGCAAGAAGUUUUCCAGAACAAUUCGGUACGUACACCAGCUCCGAAAGACACACAAUCCCAUAGCUGAUGAAAUUGGUCAGAUCCACGCAUGGGUGGCGGUCCUCCACGACACCACUCGGUCAGCGAUUUCGGUGGGAACGAUGCGCGAUCAUUCUCAGGGUCAAACCUGCAAAGCUUCUAUGCUAGUCAGCGACAUCAACCCUCGCGUGGUGCGAAUGAGGCCGAGCAAGUGAUGCAGGCGAAGAGACGGAUGGCGGCCCAAAGAGAGCGCGAGUUACGAAACUACCACCAAGAGCAACAGUACAAUCGAAGUAGGCCACCCUCUUCUGUAUCACAAUAAUACCCAUGUCAAUAUCCUGUCGACAAUCAUGUACCCAGCGGUUCACAUACACUUCAAUACCCUGUUAUAAAUAUUCUUCUUAUCUUCCGUCUUCGAUGCCAUGUGUGAUUUCGGACUUCUUCACCUUCCUACACCCCCCUUUCUCUACAUGGUAUACGCCCUUACUGACUAGAUGAAGGCGUUGUAGCUGAAGUCUCAACUUUUGGACCCAAACCUGACCGUACCAUGAGCCCCGGAAGUACAAUGGGUGAAGAAGAGCGACGUGAGUUGAUUGCUCGUCAACGAAGCGCCCUUUAUGGCGAAGGUCCAGCUUUGUCCGAGACUGGAGAGAACGGAACCCCUCGCCCCACAACACAAGGUUCUGGUGCCCAGUCCGCAACCGGUAUCCGUGGUCACCUCCCACUUGCUUUUGAUCACUACAAUGCGCAAACCAGCCAAGCUGAGGGUUCAAGUCAGCAAGCGACUGCCGAGCCUCAGUCAGCAACGAGUCAGGCUCCGGGCCAACAACGUUCGCGUGCCAACAGCAACUCAUCGCCUUCAUCCAACCCAACUAGCAGCUUCAGUCUGUUCGAGUCGGCCGCUCAACAAUCUAGUCGUACUUCCACGUCCUCCCCUGGCGGUUCUCCUCCUCGACAAGGAAAGGCACCGACUAGCUCAGGUGUAGCACCUAUUGGUACUCGACCAAGUGCUCAAGCACCAAACCCAGCUUUGAACAAGCGCUCUACCACUCCACUUCCAUCUCCAUUAAGCUAUGGCUUUGCUGCUUCUGGUGAGGAGAACAAGCCAGCGGGUGAAAAGGAUGGACGAACUUCAGCUGCUUCCAACCCAAACGGGCAACAACAAAAUCAACAAGAUCAUAACUUAGGAUGGGGUAAAAGCGGUGGUGUUUGGGGUAACAAAUCUCUCGGUGUUCAAGCUUCGGUCUGGGGUUAA